AUGUCUGGCCUUAAAUUUGCCAACACUGGCAGUUUAAUCGAUGCCAAAGAACUACAGAGGAUGUUCAAGGGCCAGAGCGGCGCCGGUAACGGUGGUAAAUCCAAAGGCAAAGGCAACUCGCUCCCCAUGAAGCGACAAGGGAGCUCCCAGAACUCACGCCAUGCACCAACUGCUGCCCCCAGCAAGAUUCAUGUACUCCCUCCAAGUCUCCACUACUACGCGGCCACUCUUAUGUCUGACCUUCCCAAGCGUGCAGGACCUAUUCUAGGAGCCGGUGCUCUUAAUUUCUUGAACAACAAAGACGGAGUAUCUCAAGUGACCCCCAGACCCCCAGAACUAAACAAGGCGCCAGUCACCAUCAGCCAGGCUAUUAGCCCCGUUGUGGUCCCUACUGCAGAGGACAAAGGCAAGGAACCCAUCCAGGGUCAUAUAGAGAAGACGGCAUUAGAAUCGAAGGGUCCCAUUUCUGUUGCUGUUACUGCCCCGAGCAGCAAUGUUGACCUUUCCCGAGGCUCGACCAGCCAUCAGCAGCCGAUUGCUACCGGAGUGUCCAUGGCAAGCGCUACCGAGGGACUAAAGACUCUCAAACGGGAUGAAAACCCCAAGAGCAGUAUGGCAAGCACCUUCUACUCUAUGGGAGAUUCAGACGAAGAAUCCGAUCAGGAAACAACAAGUGUCAAGGUUAAGGAUGAGGCUGUAAAGAAGUCCAACACUACCGUUCUUUUGAGAUAUUCAUCUGACGACAUACUGAAGUUGAAGCACACCGGGACCGAGUUCCAGACUGCAAAGCCCAAAAUUGCAUUUGCUCAGCUGGGUAUCAACAAGGUGAAGAUCCCCGAGAUCUCACCUUCACUCAAGCCACAACCUGUGAUGAAGCUCCCACAGACUGCAGGAGCCCGACAGAACAGCACAAAGCCCAACAUCUCAGAUGUCUCAACCAAUAUCGUCCCUCAAGCCCGGAAGGUAGAGAACGACACUCCGAAAAUUUCCCAGGCUCAGGACGAGACUGCAGAAUGCACCGUCCCACAUCAGCAGCAACCAGGUAAGAACGAACUAUCACUCGAGGGUAUAAACGACUCGCGCCUUCGCCCAGAAGCUCCUGGUUUUGUACCAGCGCCAUCUAAUGGAUUGGCUACCCUACUUAUGGAUGGCUUAAACAAGCCAGCGGAGACCCAAAGUUUGGCAGGGAAUCUCACACGUCCCACUUGCUUAACUGGACAAAUGAUUAUAGUGACGCCAAUUCAAAUUACUGAUGGGCAACUUAUUUCAGGAACCCCAAGCAGCCGCCUUGUCAUGGAACCGAAAUCUCCUGAUACCAACCAGGCACAGACUCUGAACGUUCAAGUUCCAGACUCGUUCGUCCCGAACUUGCCUGGUCGAGGCGUUGAGGGAAGCAACAGCGGCUCGGCUGCCCACCCUUCAAAGCCGCGCAAGCCAACGAAGGGGCUAGGGUCGUCUAUGUGGGCAAAAUAA